AUGGAAGAAACAGAGAUGAAAGAUGAUGAAUGUCAACUGAAAAAUUCUAAUAGUUCGCAAACUUCCGUUAAUCAAAUGAUUCAAAUAGGUGCUUCGAAUACGGAAAGUGUCAAGAAAAGAAAAGGAAACCGCAAUUCGAAGCCAUCAAAGAAACUCAAAUGUAAUCGAAAUUCCAAAGCAUCUGCGAGGCAGAAAGCUAAUCGCAAUUCCAGACCAUCACAGAAACACAAAGUUAAUCGAAAUUCGAAACCUUGUAAGAAACAGAAAGCUAAUCGAAAUUGCAAACCUUCAAGAAAGAAUCGAAAGAAAAGUGGACCAACGUUGAAUUGCACGAACGCCGAAAACGUCGAAGACGGUGAAUCAAAUUCAUAUGAAUUUGAAGACAUUUAUUCUAUGAAUAUUAAAAUGAAUCUGGAAGAACAUUUAGAAAGUGCCGAUAUAUACAAUGCAUUAAAUGAAAGAUACUUUUCAACGAUUCUUCAAUUAUGGGUGCCUUGUUCUUGUUGUGGAUCAUUACAUGCUGAAAGUCAGCUACAGAAAGCAUCGAGCAAGCACGAAUUAGAACAUGAUGUGGUUGAAGGAGAUUUGUUAUGUAAAAAGUGUAUUGGUUUCACGGCAUCAGAGUAUCGUCCUCAUUGUUUGUUUGCCCGCGUAAAGAAUAAGCUACACAUUUGUAUGACUCCGGAUGAACUAAAAUUAGGUUUUAUGGAACAGCGAGCAGUUACACUAUCUCAUGUGUAUAUGAGCAUUAUUGUUGUUCGUGGCCAUCAAGCUGCAUUAAAAGGACAAUAG